UUGAUUAAUAAUUUCUGCUUGUCUUUUUCUAAAUCUUGACUAUGGAGUAUAUGAAGUUCUUUGCGCGUUGGUAUGCAUCCAUAGAUGAAGAACCUGUUGUCGAUAAUGACCCAUCUUCAUCAUCAACCAUGAAUAUUCCCAUCACGUUCAAUUUUCAAACCAUAGGACUGUAUGCAUAUUGCGAUGGUGAAGAAGUUUUUGAGGCAGAGGAAGAACCAUUGGUAUCAAGAUUUAUUUGUUUCGAUUUUGGCGACUUAAAACAAGGUCUGUUGGCAAUACUCGAAAGUUAUGGACCUGAGGACUUUAAAGAAGAUGUUGCUGAUGCCAUAAUUCAGAAUGCACGCGAGAUAGCUAGAAAGGAUGAGAAGAAAGCAUUAGUUAUCACAAUAAAGAAGGAUUCAAUGAGAUCGUAUCGGAAAUUGCGAUAAUGGAGUACGAGAUGUAUGACGGUGACGAGGAUGAGGAUGAGGAUGAGGACGAAGAUGAGGGUGGGAUUUGUAAGUUAUGCCAUGAAGAAUUUGAAGUAGGAUUGAAUGUCCCAAGGCUACAAUGUUCUCAUGUUUUUCACUCAAACUGUAUUUGGGAAUGGCUCGUGAGAAGCUACACGUGUCCUGUUUGUCACUAUAAGUUGUUUAUUGAUUAACGAUCAUAUAUUUAUUUUA